CCGCCCGUGGCAAAUAGCAUCGCUCCCCCGUCCUCCGUCCGCCGUCUCGAAUUCCCCGGUCGUUCUCCUCUCGCACGGUUCCAGACAACGACGGCCGCGGCGGCGGCGUCCUCUCCCCCCCCUCGAGCACUCCUGAACGGUGCCCCAACGGGGAGCCCCGCUCCCCCCCCAUCGAAGGGCCCAUUCCAUGCCGUGCAUUUCCCGAGUGAUCAGCAGGUUUCGAUCCCUUUCGAGGUCCCCUCCCUUCCCCACUCCCCAUCAUGCCUCCUCUUUGCACAGCUACGGCGAAUUGAGCAUAAGGUGGAUGGAGCCAGAGGAGGGCCUUUCUUCAUCUGGAGAUACCAGUGAUGAGAUAAUAGAUGAGCAAGAAAUGGAGAGUUCAGCAGAGAACAAGAAUGAGAAAGGAAUGGAAAAUAUAUUGGAAGAUAAUGCAAUUAUGACUGUAGAUAAGAAUGAGCAUGAGGCCGAACAUAGAUUGGAAGAUUAUGCAACUAUGACUCUAGAAAAGAAUGAGCAAGAGGCAGAAAAUCAAUUCAAAAAUGAUGCAACUGCAACUUUACAUAAUAAAGAGCAAGGGAUACAAAAUAGAUUGGAGGAUGACACAAUUGUACCUCUUAAAAAGAAUGAGCAAGAGACAUUAUUGGAGGACAAUGCAGUAAUAAACCCCCCUGUGCGUGGGAUGACAUUCUAUUCUUUGGAUGCUCUUGUUGAAUAUUAUAAUAAUUAUGCUAAGCAGGAAGGUUUUGGGAUCAUGAGAAGAGCAAUAUCAUUUUCCGCUGAUGGAAAAUCAAAGUUUGUUACUAUUGCUUGCUCUCGAGUAGGGAAAUCAUACUCUUCUAAACGUAAUAUCCUUAAUCCUAACCCUUUGAAAAAAACUGGAUGCAAGGCUAGAGUUAAUGCUACAGUGUUUGAAAGUGGGAGUUGCAGAGUUAAUUCUGUUGUUCUGGAACACAAUCAUGUGCUGUUUCCAAGUAAGUCAUGUUUCUUUUUAUGCAAUAGGAAAAUCAAUUAUGAUGUGAAGACUAUGCUUGAAAUAAAUAAUGUUGAGGGAGUUGACAUCAGUAAGAGCUCUCAGUCUGUCAUCGCCCAAUCUAAAGGUUCCGAGAAUGUCUCAACUUUAGGAAAAGACUGCAGAAAUACUGUUGAGAAGGCAAAGAGGUUGCGGCUUGAGGUUGGAGAUGCAGAAUCAAUGUAUGAUUACUUUGUUCGGAUGCAAGCUAAGAAUUCGAAUUUCUUCUACGUUAUGGAUAUUGAUUGCAAAUCUCAUAUUAGAAAUGUAUUCUGGGCAGAUGCAAGGUGUAGGGCAGCAUAUGAAGAGUUUGGUGAUGUUGUUAUGUUCGAUACAUCAUACUUGACAAAUAAGUACAACAUGCCCUUGUCAACUUUUGUAGGGGUAAACCAUCAUGGCCAGGCAAUUUUGUUUGGAUGUGGAUUGUUAUUAGAUGAGGAGGUAGAGACAUUUAUCUGGCUGUUUAAAACUUGGCUAUCAUGCAUGUCUGGAUGUGCCCCAAUAGCCAUCAUCACAACUCAGUCAGAAGCAAUAAGGAAAGCAGUUGAGAUGGUAUUCCCUGACACUCGACAUAGUUGGUGUUUGUGGCAUAUACUGAAGACAGUACCAGAGAAGUUGGGGAGUUACGAAAUGUGUGAACCCAUAACAAAUGGCAUACAACAUGCUGUUUAUGAUGCUUCAACAAAGAAAGAAUUUGAGGACAGCUGGGCUGACAUCAUUAAAGCGUUUAAGGAGCUUGAAAGUAACGAAUGGCUAACUAAUUUAUAUGAAGAAAGGAAUUAUUGGGUUCCAGCUUUUGGGAAAGAUACAUUUUGGGCUGGAAUGUUGGCCACACAGCACGGUGAAACCAUGAAUCCAUUCUUUGAUGGGAAUGUGAGCUCCACGACAACCAUAAAGCAGUUCCUUGAGCAGUACAAUGACAUAUUCAAGAGUAAGGUUCAGAAGGAAAACCAAGCAGAUAUUCAGUCUUUCAAUUCGCAGAUUCCUUGUGUAACUCAUUUCCCCAUAGAAAAGCAAUUUCAACAGGUUUACACCAUUGAGAAGUUUAAGGAAUUUCAACAAGAGGUGAUAGCGAAGCUAUAUUGUGAAGUAUGCUUGGUAAGAGAGAUGGAUGGUGUGCUUGAAUUCAGUGUGUCUGAGAUUUUGGCUGUUGGAGAAGAAAAUAAUCAACAUCAUAGAACACUUGAUUACAAAGUCUAUUUUAACAAAGAGGAGAAAGAAAUUAAUUGUUCUUGUUGCCUGUUUGAGUUUAGAGGAAUCUUAUGUAGGCAUAUAGUCUCUGUUCUUAUUAAGAUCCAGUCAGAUAUUACUGUUUCUUCCAAGUAUGUUUUAUCAAGAUGGAGGAAGGAUUUGAGUAGGCAUCACACAAGGGUUAAAGUUUGUCAUGAUGAUUGGAGUAGCAAUUUCGAAGGCCAGCGAUAUCAUUAUCUUCUUAAGAAAUUUGAUGAUGCAGCAGAUUUGGCUGUGGAAUCUGAUGAUGCCUGCAAAAUAUUGUGGAAUUGUAUUGAUGAUUUUCAGCAGAAGUUAAAGGUAAAUGAUGCAGUAAAUGGGAACAAUAAACCCAGUCUAACAAGUGGUGCUAAAUCUGCUGGCUGUGAAGAUACGGGUGAGUCCUUCGGGAGUGUGAUUGAUAAGAGUAAACUAUUUAGCCCUAUUCCUAUAACCGUUCGAUGGCAGGGAUGUCCAUCAACAAAAAGAAAGGUGUCUACAGUUGAGCAAGCUGCAAAGAAAUUAACUUGUACAAGGACUAAUGGCCAAUGCGGAACAAGUAAAGAGAAGGGGAAUAAGUUUCAGGCCUCAGAAAUGAAGCAAGUUGCUGAUGAUGAAGGAGAUGGAAUUGAUAUGCUGAGAUCCCACGUAGUAGUUGAUAUUGACUCACAAGAAAGCAUUAAUAUUCAGGCAAAUUCACAAGUUGGCCCCAUCUUUGAUCAAUAUUAUGGUCAGGCUACUGCAACUAAACAAGAAAUAAAGAAGCCAAGGCUGGACUCAUCAUAGAACCAUUCAUGGAUCAUCCAAGGAAUAUGAAGAACACAGGAUAAUCUGAAGAACCAAUCAUAAACCAGAGGUAUUUGGAUUUCUAUAAUCUGUGGCGGUUUGGACAAUGGAUGCAUCUUCCUGGGUGGACUGAGAAUAUAGUGCUUCAGGCAUAGCUAGUUUUAACUGCUGUGAUCUUUUUGUUUUGUGAACACUUAAUUUUGUUGUGUAUGUAAUCUAAUAUAGAUUACAGCAGUGAGGUGGUUCCCUUGUAAUCUGGGAGAUCAGCAUUCAAGAAAUGAAAAUAGUUUUUUAAAAAUAUUCCAAGAUAAAAUUGUAUACAUUGAUCCUUCCUAGAUCUUACAUCGGCAGGAGCCUCACAAUUAUAUUUUUUGUAAUCUAAUGUAGAUUGUAUAAAAUCUCAGGCAGUUUCAUUCUUCUUCUUCAAAA